UGUGCCGCUCCGCGCGCGGGGCCUGGCGCCGCCGGCGUCUGAGGGGGCGGCGGGCAGCGCCGGGGCCGGGGCACGGAUCGCCGUGAGGGGCCGCGGAGGGCUGCGGUCGGGCUCGGCGGCGAGAUGAUCGUGACACCCACCCGAAACCCCGCCGGCGGCCCUGCCCGCCGCCGGGGAGAGCUGCCGUUCCGGUCGGUGUACCUCAGCAGCAUCCCCGCGGGCACGCUGACCCCCCUGAAGGAUCUCCUGAGGGGCCAGGACACCCGCGAGGUCGCUCCGGCCGCCGCGGAGCCGGCGGGCCGCGGGGAGAGCCGCGCCAGAGGGCCGGCGGCUGGCGGCGUCUUUCAGUCCGCGCUGGUGGCGGGCGACGAGGAGCCGCUGGAUGUUGGCGAGAUCCGGGCGGACCCCGGCCCCGAGCGACCGCUGAAGCGACGGGCGUGCGAGCCCCCCGCCCGCGAGUCCCCGGCCAAAAUCUUCCAGCGGAUGAAGGCCAGGGCCCUGCGGCAGAAGCAGGGCUCGGGGCUGCCCGCGGGGAAGGCGCCGCAGAGGAGCUGCGGCAGCGACCUGAUCCUGACGCCCACCCUAAACGCCGUGGAGCAGAGCCGAAGGCGUAAUUACCCUGCCACGGCCGGCCCUCGGCAGAGACCCGCCGAGCUGCCCGGGGGGUGCAUCCAGCCAGGAGAAGAAUUGUUUUGUGCUCAGAUUCCUGAGAACCCAACCACGAAAGCAUUAGCUGUAGACCCUCUUGUAUUGGAAUCCCCUCAGAAGUUCUUCUUGCGUGUAAAGCAGAAAUUGCAGCAGCAGCGAAAAGAUCCAACACCUUCAAACCCAGUCAAGCAGAACAUUCCUCCUUCCACAACUACGGAAGCACCAUUAGUCGAAUCUGCUUUUGCUGAGCAGCUCAGGAAUGGUCCGACAGAGUAUGUGGCCAUGGAUAAGGACGAUCAGGAUAAUUUCCUUGUGGAAUCAAUGGAUGCUGAUGAUGAAAUGUCUCCAAAUAUAGUGACUAGUACUCAGAAGUUAAACUCUGCCCCUUCUAAAAAUAGGGAUCGGUUAGAAGAAAGGUGGAGGAAUGGAGAAGCCAAAUGUGCUGAACUUCAUCAAGGCAGAAGAGAGCUCCAUCCAAGUAAUAAGGAAGAUGCUCAUGGAGUGGAAAAGAUACUGGAGACUAAUUCUCAACAGCCCUCACAGAGCUUAUGUAGUAUUAUGCUCUCUUCUCCCAAAGUCCACAUUCCAAGGAAGCAAAAGCCAAGAGAAGGCUCUAAGGUCCCUUUGGAUAAACCUCGUACAGAUCAAGUUGCUGGCAAAGCAGACAAAGAGAAAAAUGUCUGCCUAACCAGUUGGAGAAUUAAAGUGAUGGAUGGUAACACUGCAAUAUAUGUUGAAGGAAAACGGAAAGAUAUGAAAGAUCUGACUUGGCAUAGUAAUGCAAUUACAGAACGCAUAGCACACAACCGAGUGAGAACAUCAUCCGGCAGUAUCUACUUGCUACAGGGAAAUAUAGAUUCAGCUUCCAUGAGGAAAGAAGGAUUUCCCUACCGUUUCAUCAAAAGAUUUAUGUAUGGGUUUUCCAAAAAGUGGAAGGAAUACAUUGAGGAAUUUCUCGAGGAAAGAAGAAGGAAAGAACAAAAACAAAAUACUGAAGAUGAAAAUGAAGAGAGUGACUCGGUGGUUACGGAUGCGUUGAAAAAUGCAGAAGACUCAGCAAGAAACGUAAAGAAACCUGAAACCAGAAACACCACCUAUGAAGUAUUACCAAAGAAUGAUGAAAACGCUUAUACAACACCAAAGCGCAAUUCUGUAUUGAAUGACUCAAACAGAGUUUACACUCGCAGCGGCCGUCUUGUUAAACCCCCAUUAAGUUUCUGGUGUGGACAACGUGAGUUUGUUGAUCAGAAACUAAAUGUCACUAUAGAAGAAGGUGGAGUAGAUUAUUUGAGCUUGAUGUUUAGUAGUGAAAAAUCCCAACGGAAGACCAGUUCCACCUCUAAGAAGAAUAAAACAAAGGAAGUAAUGAAGGGAACAGAAAAACCACCAAAAGGCCAAAGUAAAGGGAAGAACAAUGAAAAAGGAUUAAGUUCCAAAAGAGAAACCAAGUCCACUGGAAGCAAGGAGGCCAGGCACUUCAUUUCAGAUGAUGAUGAAAGUGAUCGUGCAAUUGAUAGUACAAAAAUUAAAACACAGGUUUCUGUUAAGCUGACUCCCUUAAAUACUGCAGUACUAAACAAACAUGACAACAACAGCAGAAUCCCAGGAACGACAAAGGAAAAGAGAGGAACAGAACAUGGAGAACAGGCUAUGUGUCAGCAGGCUUACAAGUACUCUUUAAGGUCAGCCAAACAACUUCAAGACAAGCAUUUGACAGAAGAAUCAUCAAGCAAAGAUGAGGAAGAGGAAUCCAGUGAAGAUAUCCCACUGUCUAUCAAAAGGAAAAGUCAACCUUUAUUUGAAAAAGAGACUCAAAACUCUAAAUCUUCCUCUAACUGUAAAAGUUCACAGGAUGAUGCAAACAAAGUGUUGUGUGAACAAAGGACAGUAAAACACUCUACUGCCUCCCAUAACUCUACUGCCUCCCGUAAUGUGCCCUUGAGGCUAAGUGUGCCCAAGUGCCUUGAUGGUUCUGAUUUACUGGAAGGAAAAAUUCCUUCUGGUGACUCUAGUACUUCCCAUCUGCCUGAUAAGGCAAUGAGAAUGAGAAGCAGAAUCAACCCUCCAAGGUAUUUCCUUGAAUCUGACACUGAGCCUGAAACCAAUGAAGAGGAAUUUCAAGUAAAAGAAAAGAAUUCAAAAGUAGCGAAUAAAAAACCAAAUUGUAAAGUUUCUAAUACUGCCAAGUCUUCAGCAGCAAAAUCAAGAGAACCUGGGAGGGAAAAGGUGCAGAAAUCUCUAGAAGUUUUUCCCAGUGCAGCUGACGGUUGGUCUGAAAAGGAAUUGCAGAAGCUCUACAGGGCCGUUGCCUCCUUUCCAAAGCACAAGAACGGCUUCUGGGUGGAGGUCGCCAUGGCGGUGGGGUCUCGCUCUGCUGAAGAAUGCCAUCAGAAGUACAUAGAGGAACAACAGGCAAAAGGUUCCAAAAUGCAUGCCAAGAAGACCACCGCUUCAGGCAAACCAGAACAGAAAGAUAAGAAAGAGCCGGUUAUGAUAACUGCCAAAGUGGGGACCUUCAAAAGAAAGCAGCAGAUGAGAGAUUUCCUGGACCAUUUGCCGAAGGACAACCACGAUGAUAUUUUCACUGCGACGCCCUUUCAGAACAGAAGAGUGAAGUUGCCAACGUUCCGGGGAAGCCACGAUGAUGACGAUGACGACUUUGCGCUUACGGACAACCCGAUCACACCUUCCUCAGCUGUCUUCCCUGCAGUGAAAACCCCUCAGUGUGAGCAUAUCAGCCCUGGUAUGCUGGUACCCAUCAACAGGAACGAUUACGACAGGCACGUGUUCAGAAUGCAGAAGAACACGCAGGGCAGCAGAGGCACCUGGGACAAUGUCAAGAAGAAGUCGGCUGGAGGCGUGCUUGGGACGCCGGCUUCGCACAGAGCCAGGUUCAGCUUUGAUCAAAAAGUGAAGCAGACCUCUGUUGUGGGGAAGCUCUUUGUGGCCGAGGCAGAGGAUUCAUCAGAUGAAGAACAGGAUGAUUCCUACUUUUCUGCUUAAUGAACUGUGUGGAUGUUGUUAGUUGGAGACUUAGGUGCCUCUUGUAGGAAGCCAAGGGGUUUGGCCACUGCUCUGAGAUGAUACUUCUGGGAUGUUAAGAGUUUGGUUUGGGAACCUUGACCUGUACUGCUUUAGGUGUUUUAGCACCAUUCUCCUCUUCCCACCUCUCCAGAACAUUUGUCGUUUUCUGUGUGUACAAAGUGGCACUUUCUUGUCCAGGCUCCUCCUUCCCAGUGCCCUGUUUCUCCUGGGGGAGGGAGAAAUGCACUUGGAUACCCAUUGCUGGCAGGUUUCCAUUUGUUUCAAGAUAAAAUAUCUGAAAUAUGGCUGUACAAUAAAUUCAUAAUGGUACAGUCUGUAACUAAUUGAAAUUGCUUUUUAAUUUCCUCUACUGAGAGUUUGAAUUUUUACAUUUCCUUAAUGUAAUAAAAAAAACAAG